AGCCCCAUCAGCAGAGCCAAAGACCUUUCUCUGUUGACAAAUACCAACUCCGCGCCAGAGUCCUUAACCCUGUUCUAAAGUCAUUUUCUUUUUAAACCCCCCCAGCCCAAAAUGUGAAAUGAGAAAAGCCAGCUGCACUUCCCGGUCGAUCACUCAGAUAAGAAAAUCUUUAAGGGGAAAACAAGUAUCUCUGAGCCCGAAAUUUUGUAGAGAUUCUGUCCCAGGAACGCUGUUGUCAAUCGUGACUGAUCAGGGAGGAAAAUGUUUUACCAAUCUUUUGUGAACUUAUUGAGGACUGCCUUCCUGUUGUCGCUGAUAUCCCCAGGAUUCACGUAUUCCUACUUUUCCAUAUCAGAGCAAGACGAAUCGUACAGCAGAGAAAACUGCCCGGAAAACAAAAUCAUUACAACGGAGUACCCGUGUUUGAAAUCUACUGGGGAAGUUGCGACCUGCAUCAGGAAAAAAUGCUGUCGAGGUUAUAAAUUCGUUCUUGGCCAAUGUAUCCCAGAAGAUUAUGACGUCUGCUCAGGAGCUCCAUGUGAACAACAGUGUACUGAUAAUUUUGGCAGAGUUCUGUGUACAUGUUACCUGGGAUAUUACUUUGAUCGCGUGAAACACAGGAACAGAGAGAAGCCAUAUUGUAUUGAUAUUGAUGAAUGUUUCAAAAGCAAUGGAACUGUGUGUUCCCAAAUUUGCCUCAACACACCAGGGAGUUACAAAUGUGCAUGCAAGGAAGGUUUCCAUCUCAAAGAGGAUGGGAAGACAUGCAGCAAAAGUGAAAGUGCAGGCCAGUAUAUAAAAUCUGACACUGUGAUGAAAGCUGGUACCUGCUCUACAACCUGUGAAGAUAUCCAACAGAUAAAGCAAGCAGUGCUACAGCUUAAACAGAAGGUCACUUCACUGCCCAACAACAUUGCUGAUAAUAGUAAGCAAAGGUCAAACAGUGACAAGUUAUUUGCAUCGAACAGUUACAAUUAUGGACUGAAUGGACCACCAGGGCCCACAGGCCUGCCAGGUCCUAAAGGAAGCCCAGGUCCAAAAGGACAAGCAGGAUCCCCAGGGCCACCAGGACCCAGAGGAAUGAUGGGACCAAUUGGCCCUUCACCUGACAUAUCUCACAUUAAACAGGGAAAAAGAGGAGCAGUGGGUCCGCCAGGAGCUUCUGGAAGAGAUGGAGCCAAGGGUGAGAGAGGUGCUCCAGGACCACGAGGAUCACCUGGUCCGCCAGGCUCCUUUGACUUUUUGCUUCUGAUGUUGGCAGACAUUAGAAAUGACAUUGCAGAGCUCCAGCUGAAAGUUUUUAGCCGUGGAAAUCGGGUCACUGGGGAAGAGCACCAGAGCCAUGAAAUUCCUGACUGGGGAUCUGGAGAAGACUACAGACAUUAAGACCCAUCGCAGAAACCUGCGUAGCGAACAUCACCAUGGAAGUGAAAUGGCUUUCAAAACUGCACUGCAACUUUUUUUAUUGGGACUAGCUUAAAGAGCUUGAACCAGCGAGGAUGUAAUAAAUUUUGCACUGCUGUUGUACAAUUUUAUUCCAUUAUACGUAUCAAAAAACCUUUAUCAAAUGUAACAAUUAAAAUAAGUAUUAGAGUGUUCAGAUAAAUCAAUAAUGUACCAGUUCAGAAUGGCAAGUUUUGAACAAAUGACUUUUCACACGGAGGUUGCAUUUGCUGGGGAUCGCAUGUGUGGGAAAUGAAUUGUGCACAUUCCUCUGUAACAUGAGCGAUUAGCAUCUUGGUUCUGUAACAAACAGAACCCAAAUGCAUAACAUAACAGACAUACAGGAUGAAGGAAAUACUUUUGGUUUUACUCAAGUCAUACACACAUAAGAAUUACUUCAUUUUUAAACCUUAAAUUUCAGAUUACAAGACACUACAAGAUAGGUUGACAUGAAAGAUAUAGUUCUGUCUAUAUAUUUAAUUUUCCUACAAUGGUAAUCUGACUGUCUUUCAAUCCAGUAAUCUCAUGCCUCUUAAUUGAGUUCAAUUUCUUGAUCUCAUUUUCUUUUCAUUCCCAAAUCAUGGACAUUGCUGACAAAGACAUCAUUUAUUGCCCUUAUUUCCCUUGAGAAGGUGGUAGUGAACUGCCUUAUUGAGCCAUUGUAUUCCAUGUGGCAUAGUUCUACCCACAAUGCUGUUGGGGAGAGUUCAAGUAAGGAGACCCAGUAACACUGAAGGAAUGUCGACAUAUCUCUAAAUCUGAAUGAUUUACUGAUUGGUAACAUCGAAAAUAGGAGUAGACCAUUUGAUGUUUUGAGCCUGCUCCACCAUUCAAUAUCAUCAUAAUUGAUCAUUCAAUUCGAUAUCCUGCUCACUCUCUGUAUGUUGAAAGUAUCUUGCAGGUGGUGAUGCCAUUAAGGGCCACCAACAUCAGUUGAUUACCAUUAGUUGAGUAAAGAAAUAGUUUUUGAUGUCUGUUUUAUACAUUAUCUUCACAACUUUAAACCUGCAUCUUCUUGUCUUGCUGCCCUAAUGUACCCUGUCCUGCUACCUAAGUGUAACAAAAAUAUUACUCAACUUUUGUUUUCUAUUUGUAUGUAUUUCUGCAUAUUUCUUCAAUUUCUACAUUACCUACAAUAAUUUUCAAGGCUAAAGAGCUAGUUAUUGAAGAGCUAAAAUUUGUUCUUCUGUCAUAGAGAAACAGCUUUAUUUCUUUACACCACUUUUAAGAUCUGGAAACCCUUCUUGUGUCUCCAAGAUCAGAACCAUGUGCAGUAUCUCAGCCUGACCGGAGUAUUGAACAAUUUCAGCAUUACCUCUGAAGUCUGAAGUGGCAAAUAUCCAGCAUCUGGUGGCUUUGUUAUAUAAUAGUCUUCGAUAUUGCUGAAGUGGAAAGCCAAUCAAUUAUCAGACAAUUUUACUCCAACAUUAAA